CCCGGAGCUGCGCAGGCGAUGCCCGCUCGCCCCGGGUCCCCCCCGCUCCCCGCAGCCGGGACACCGGACCGGGACCGAGCCGCCGGGACGCCGCGGGCGAGGCGCGGCAUGGCCGGGGGGGGCUGUGGGGGCGGCUCGGACCCCCGCGGGGGACCCCACGGUGCUGGGUCCUGGCGGCCGUGGCGGCUGCUGCUGCUGGCCUGGCUCAGCCUGGUGGGCACGGCGCAGGACUCAGCCCUGGGGAUCCCAGCGAGGGUCUCUGAGCCCCCUGCUCGGCCCCGGGGGAUUUGGGGGUCCUGGGGACCCUGGAGCUCCUGCUCCAGCUCGUGUGGGGACGGCGUCGCCCUGCGCAGCCGGAGGUGCCUGCGGACCAGCGAGGAGCAGCCGUGCCCGGGGGACCCGCGGCAGUACCGGCUCUGCCAGCUCCAGGGCUGCCCCAGCGGCUCCGUGCCCUUCCGGGCCAUGCAGUGCUCCCUCUACGACAACCGGCCCGUCCUGGGCACCUCCGCCCGCUACCGCUGGGUGCCCUUCCACGGAGCCCCAAACCUCUGCGACCUCAACUGCCUGGCCGAGGGACACAACUUCUACUACAGCUUCGGCCGGGUGCUGGACGGGACCCGCUGCGGGCCCGGCUCCCCGGACCUGUGCGUCGGCGGGCGCUGCCUGAGCGUGGGCUGUGACGGGAUCCUGGGCUCGGGCUCACGCCCCGACGCCUGCGGCCACUGCGGCAGCGGCCACGGCUCGUGUGUCCUCGUUCAGCGGCUGUUCCAGGGCUCGGACCCCUCCUCCGCAUAUUUGGGAUACGUGAAUGUGACCAAGAUCCCGGCCGGGGCCACCCACAUCAAGGUGACGGACAGGAGCCGCAACUACCUGGCGCUGAUGGCGAGUGACGGGCGCUACGUCCUCAACGGGGACUGGGCCAUCGCCUGGCCGGGGCCCUACGAGGCUGCGGGCACCCUCCUGACCUACAGCCGGGCCCCCGACGGCACCGAGAGCCUGGAGGCGCCCGGACCCACCCAUGAGGACCUACACGUGAUGGUGCUGCUGCAGGAGCCCAACCCCGGUAUCGAGUACCGGUUCUGGCUGCCCCGCGGGCACCCCCAGCUCGGCCGCGGUGACACGAGCCCCCUGCGGCAGCCGCAGCCCCGGGGGGCCGGCAGCCCCCCGCCCCCGGAGCCCCCGCUCAGCCCGGCCCCCGAGCCGCCCCCACAGCCUGGGGGCUUCACCACGGAGCCACCGCCGAGGAGCCCCCCUGGCCGGAGCCAGGACGGGGCUGCCGCAGGGCGCUGCGGGAGGUGCCGCCCGCCCAAGGGGCGCUCCCAGCGCAUCCGGCACUUCUGCCAGAGCGACUUCGUAUUCCACGGGCGGAUCCUGGCGCGGCGCCUGGUGGGGCAGGAGACGCGCUACGAGGUGGAGGUGAAGGAGCGGUACCGGCAGCGCUUCCCGCUGGUGGCCCGGGAGUACCUGUGGGUGCCCAACACCUGCGGCUGCCCCGCGCUGCGCUCGGGCGGCGAGUACCUGCUGAUGGCUCGGCGCCACGUGAACCACGAGCACACCUUGAACCGCAUCCUGCUGCAGGACGACGGCUACGCCCGGCCCUGGACGCCCCGAGCAGCUCGCACCCUGCAGCGUGUCGCUGUCGCUGUCCCCAUGGCCGCGUGCCAGGCUCUGCCUGCCGGGGUCGGGGACCUCCCGCUUAUCUCCCUUCCGGCGGAGCCGAGCGUGUCCCCCCCCCGAUGCCGGAGCUCCCCCGCCCGUAACCCAACCCUUGGGCUGGUGGCGGCCACCGCGGGGCCCCUGUGGGGACAGGAGGUGACCGGGGGCACCCCGGGGGGCUUCGCCAGCUCGGGGCCGCCUCGGGGUGGGUUUGGAGCUGAUGCCAGGAGAAGCUGA